GAGUCAAGAACCGGAAGUCACUUUAUUUACGUUCACUGCUAAGCUACAGACGCUAUAAGCGUUCUUUGCUCGUAUGCGUGGUAGCCAAUGAUGAUCGAUCAAUUUCAACUUGUGUAAAUGUUAAACGACAUGUUAAUUGUCAUUCGGGUGUUUCGUUGGUCGUUUGGAUCGAGACUGAAGGGUAACUGCGUCCAUCGACUCACGUUCUCCGCCACAAAUAUGCCCAAAAAAGUGGUUAAAGGUCAUCUUACUGGCGAGGACCCCACACCUGAACAAGGUCCAGUGGUCCGUGACAAAAGUGGGGCUGUUACCAUAACAGUGCACGUGAAGCCUGGGUCCAAACACAACAACGUCACAGAUGUUUCCACAGAGGCAGUGGGCGUCGCCAUCGCAGCCCCACCUACAGACGGGGAGGCCAACGCCGAGCUGCUGCGUUACCUGGCAGAAGUUCUGGAUGUGAAGAAGAGUCGCGUUUCUCUCCAGAAGGGUUCCAGGUCGCGAGACAAAGUGAUCUGCGUGGACUCGGCGCUCGGCCCGGAGGAAGUUCUGCUGCGGCUCAAAAAGGCAUCAGGAUAGUGCAGGGGUAGCCGUGUGACCACUCACACACGCCAAGUAAUUAUUGUAGUAAAUAAGCACAUUAAGAGCCGCAUAAACCCCUGUAUAUUGAUGACACUGAGGUGGAGAGAGAGGGUGAAAACCUUCAAGUUCCUUGGCACACACAUCAGUGAGGACGUCACCUGGUCUCACAAUACCCAACAAAUUAUAAAGAAGUUCCAAAGGAGACUGUACUUCUUCAGAAGACUGAGGAAAUUUGACAUGUCCACCAAAAUCCUCAGUUGCUUCUAUACUGUAGGUGCACUAUCAAAAGUGUCCUUACCGCCUUUAUCAUUGUUUGGUACGGUAACUGUUCAACACGUGAUAGGAAGGCACUCCAGCGGGUGAUCAUGACCUCACAGAACAUUGUUGGGGCAGCCCUCCCCUCACUGCAAGACAUUUAUAAAUCUAGAGUCCUACGAAGAACAAACAACCUCAUCAAGGACAGCACACAUCCACAACACUCAUUAUUCACACUACCGUCAGGCAGACGCUACAGGAGUUUGAAGUCCAGGACCACAAGGCUGGCAAACAGCUUUUACCCACAGGCUUCUCAAUGAAGCACUCAACACACGCCGCACGCACACACUCAUAACACUUUAUUGGUAUUAAUGUCUCUUCUGUUCUUGUUGCUUAAUUUAUUGGUAUUAAUGUUUAUGUUCUUGUUUUCUUGUGUUUUCUUUCUUUCUUUGGGAGAAUGAACAGAUGAAUUUCAUUGCAUAGCUGAACUACCUGUUUUACUGUGCAUAUGACAAUAAAACUCAUAAAUCUUCAA